AUGCGUUUUGUGAUCAAUAAAUUUGCUGUUUUGAUUCAACUCACCAUUGUGAUUAUUUCAGUCGAUGCACAGCGAAAAGAUAGCUCUGAGUAUUGUACAACGUUCGACAAUGAGGAUGGAGAAUGUGUUGUUCUUAGCCGUUGCCCAGACAUGUCAAGGAGUCUAAAAUCAAUGAAUCCUAGAAUGCGACAAACAAUUCUUCGUGACUCCAUGAGUGCCUGUGACACUUUCAAUGUAAACGAUGAUGAUCCGGAGAUUUGUUGUGAAAAUCCCAUGGAAGAGCACGUGCAAUAUCCCCCUAUAACGUCCAGACCGUCCUCUAUUGACAAUAAGGCCAGUUUUCAAUUAUGUUAUGGACCUGAUAGACGUCUGGGUACUUGUAUGGAACUGAAAUAUUGUCAGUCGCUGAUAGAUGAACUGCAAAUCAGACAUCAAGAUCCAGCAUUUAAAAAUUAUAUUCGUUCCUCGAAUAGAAUAUGUGGAGGUGUCAAUACAAUGGUUUGUUGUCCACAAGACAUACCAACUUUUCCUCCAAUCACGAACAACAAUAAUAAACGAAGAAGUAAUGAUGAUGUCAUACCACGAAGAUUACCUACCUUUGAGGAGGGUUGUGGACGAAAUACAAUUACACCAAGGAAAAUUGUCGGUGGACAGGAGAGUAAAAUUGGAGCCUGGCCAUGGAUGGCUUUGUUGGGUUAUGGUGAUGAAUAUUCUGGUUCGCCAUUUAAAUGUGGUGGUAGUUUGGUAACAGCACGUCAUGUUAUUACCGCAGCCCAUUGUGUUCUCGACAGUUUAAAAUUUGUACGUUUAGGCGAACAUGAUUUGACCACUGAUUUUGAAGCCCUACACAUCGAUGUCAAUAUUGUGCGGUCCGUCAUACAUCCCAAAUAUGAUAACCGAACUGGUCACAGUGACAUUGCGAUUUUAUAUUUAGAACGGAAUGUUGUUUUUACAAAAUCUAUUGCACCAAUUUGUUUGCCCACAAGUCCAGCGUUGCGGCAGAAGAGCUAUGUUCGCUAUAAUCCAUUUGUAGCCGGCUGGGGUCAGAGUCACGAACUUGGUAAUGCCAGAAAUGUUUUAUUUGAAUUGCAAAUUCUGGUCUACCCAAAUGAUGUGUGUCGCCAAGAAUAUCAGAAACGUGGAGUUGCGUUUACUGCCAAUCAAUUUGAUAAUGCUGUUGUUUGUGCCGGUGUGCUUACAGGUGGUAAGGACACGUGUCGGGGAGAUUCUGGAGGACCUUUGAUGAUACCAGAGAUGCAUAACAAUGUGGCACACUUUUAUUUGCUUGGCGUUAUCGCAUAUGGUUUUGGUUGUGGUCGUCCUGAUAUUCCAGGAGUUUAUACAAGUACUCAAUAUUUUAUGGAUUGGAUAAUAGAACAAAUUCGAAAUACAUAA